AGCCGAUCUGUCUGUCUCGUUUUCAUCCAUCACAUUCGGAUAUAUAUCAUCAGUGUUUUUCAUCUCACCUGACACUGUCAUCGCCUGUUUCUCAAUCCAGCAUAAAUAUCUGCAUCUGUACCCACUGUCUGUGUUUCAGCAGCAGACAUGGACAACAGCUCAACAACUCGCACAUUUGACACACAGGGCUACAGUUCAACAUUUAAGAGGAAACGGACGGUGGAAGAUUUCAACAAGUUCUGUACUUUUGUGCUCGCAUAUGCUGGUUAUAUUCCUUGUCCACAGGAGGAGGGGCACUUGAGGACCAGUUCUAGUCCACCUAACAGCACCGGCAGCACUGCGGACAGCGAUGGAUGGGAUAACCAGAGACUGAGCUGUGGUCACUCGUCUCCGGACGAGCCCCCACCCAAGAAACGCAAGAGCUUUGGUGGAUUCAAGAGACCUUCAAGUGAGGACUCGGAGCCCCAAAAGCAUCCCAAGUCUGUUGGUCUUCUCCUGGAGGGUCAAAAGAAAGCAGACAAGUUGAAAAAGAAGAAGAAGAAGAAGCUGAGGAAGAGUAAGGAUGAGGAAUUUGGAUCCUUUGUCACAUUUAAUCCCGGUGCUAAAGGGGAGAUUGCUAAUCUCGGAUGUACAAUCAAAGAGGAACCAGAAGAUUACAUCAGCAUUCCUGUGCCAUCUACAGGGUUGGGCACAGAGCAGCCUGCAUAUGCUGGCCCACGUUCAACACCUGCUUCAUGCUCUCUGGGUCCUGCAACAUGCAAAGAGGAACUUGAUGCUGGGUGUCCAUGCUGGGACAAUUCUAAAUGUUCUAGUUCAGAGUCCACAUCAGAGGGUGUGGAUAAACCAGCACUACCUAAUGGAGAAGUGAUGGUGUUGAAGGUAGAAGGUUUGCCUGGAAAAAGGACUGUGAUCCGCCAGGGAAAACAAGUGGUGUUCCGAGAUGAGGAUGGAUCAGGAGACGAUGAGGACAUCAUGGUCGAUUCAGAUGACGACUCAUGGGACCUAGUGACAUGUUUCUGCAUGAAGCCGUUCGCUGGCCGGGCGAUGAUUGAGUGCAAUCAGUGCAACACCUGGAUCCACCUCUCGUGUGCCAAAAUCCGCAAGUCCAACGUCCCUGAGACAUACAUCUGCCAGCGGUGCAAAGACUCUAAAUUUGACAUUCGACGCUCCAAUCGCUCUCGAGUGGGGUCUCGAAAACUCCUCCUCGACUGAUGCCACUCUUCACAUUUGCCCCUACCACUUGUACAGAAACUCAUAAAGAAAUUGCAUGAAAUCGAGACGCAAUGACUAUGGAAGGUAAAGGGCUGAGUGGCCUACCAGUGUCACGUUUUUCCAUUUCAGAUUUGAAUACUUAUCACCUUCCUAAAUAUUUGCGUCAGACAAUCAAUACACAGAUGAUGCAUUAAAGCUGGCAUAUUUCUGCCAUACAGACUGUUGAUGACUGGAGUAUUUACUGUACAUGCCUGAAGGUAUUACGAUAGGUGGUGUUCUGGAAAGAAGGGAUUAGGGUAUCGGACUGCACUUUUUUAAGAACAAAGGGGUAGCUAGAGAAGCCCCUUUGUACCCAUAGCUUCACAAGUAUGUUUAUUUGUCAAAUGUGUAUAGUUAUGUCAUAUAAUAUAAGAUAUUAGUGUUAAAAGGUGUUUAGACUCAAUUAUUUGUGGAUCUUUUCUGAGCCCACAAAUGUGUAUGAGACCGAGUUCUAUACAUUAGAUAAUGUUGAUCAAAGUUUUCAUCAGCAGUCACUGAUGCUUUUGAGUAAAACAUCAGAAAAGAUUCUUUAUGAUUCUGUAUUUCUACAUAAUUUUAAAGAAUGUUGCAACAAAUGGAGGAUCACAUAAUGAGACCACAUUUAUAAUUUCUAUUUUUUUUAUAUAUAUAAUAAAGCUCAGAUCAUUUAAAUUUUUGGCCCUACUUUGAAAUAUAAAUCUUUUGUUUGCCUGUUUGGCUAAACAGAAUAUUUUACAAUGCUGUAGAAUUUGUUUGUUUGUUGUUAAAACAGGUAAAUUGUGUUCUUAGGAUAAGAUUGAAUUUCCAAUAUGGCUGAUUAAGAAAUUGUGACGUGGACAUGUUCUUGACCGAUAUUGUGAGAUUCACCAUUACUAAAGAAGACCAUUUUCGCUUGCAUAAUUUGCUGAUAUCUCGCUUGGAUUAGAAUCAUUUAUAAGGUUGUGGUUGUUUUCCACAGCUGUGACACAUCUAACCUGCCUAAUAAGCUAUCAAUAUCUAUUUUCAUGUUCAUAGGAAUGCUCAGUGUGAUUGUGUCCUAUUUGAUGAUCCACUCCUGUUAAAAAUUAGCAACAUUUCAUGGUUUGUUUCCCAAAGAUAAUACCAGUUGGAUUAUUGUUAUAUCAUGUGAAAUGGUUGACGUACAGAAUGUACUGUUCUGGGUGAAGAGUUGCACAUUGCAGAGAUGUUAAAUUGUUUGGCACCUUUAGUAUGGAUCAGUGCAGAACCUUUGUGGUUGUGUUUACUAUGUUGACUCUACCCUUAGAAUACUGCAUGCUCACCAUGUAAACCUUUUACAUUUUUAGAUUUGAGGUAGAAAUAUUUGGUCCAUAUUUUUAAGCAUCUACCUUGCACUAUUAUUUUUGGAUGUUCUUAAUGUAAGUUUAAGACAAAGUUAUGGUAAGUUGUUAAAAUUUUGAAACUGGAAGGGUCAGAUUUUUGAACUAGUCAGUGGAUAGUUUCCACAAUUUAGUUUCUUUCUCUUAUUUUUGGAAGCACAUUGAAAUGGGAUCUAACACUUAAAUGUUUUUUAUUUUUUAGGCAUACAUACAAGCUAGCUUUCAUUGGUUUGUGGGGGAUAAAGUGUCACUUGUACAUUUAAUUUUGUAUGCUAAUGCUUUGUUUUGUUAACCAUUUAUCAAGGGUUUCAAGGAUAAUGGUUUGCUGAACAUUUAUGUUUUCUACAAUAAUAAUGUGUUUUUGUAGUAUGUCAUUGAGAUUCAGGACUGUGUGCAAGAAAUAAGAGCUUGCUUUUCUAUUCUAAGGAACAGAGGCAGUGUCCAAUGACAAGAGAGAGAGAUGUUUCUGUGAAACUUCAUGUUUUUAAACUGUUGUAAAUAAAGAGAUA